GCUUGAAGGCCUUCUCUUUCACUACGCCUCUCUUCAUAAUCUCUUUUCGCUAAACACACACUUUCUCUUUUCUGUUUAAUUUUAAUACAUCAGCUGUUUCAGCAGCAUUCGUCACUGCGGCACACUCCACAAGCGCAAGCCCCACGUGCGACGACCGACUUUCUCGUUUCUGUCAAGCUGUACGAAGCUUUUCACGGCGACCCCUUCCUUCCUCUUCCGUACCUCCUCCCUCACCUCUCUGACUGCGACCCAUGGCGUGUCUCAGCUACCCGCUGCGUCGCAUGAUGGUGGCCGGUGCGCUGCUGGUGCUGUGCGUGAACGCCCUCUUUGUCUCCGCGACCUCCACCUCCGACUACACCGCGGAUCAGCAGAAGAACACGUUGGCGUUCCUGAAGGGCUUUGCAGUAGCGGGCUCAACUCUGGAGACCAGCUGGACGGGCACGGACUUCUGCACGUGGCCGUACGUGAGAUGCUACGAUGAUUCGGGCACGCUGACCUUCAUGGACUACAUUGCGCCGGCGUUCACGGGAUCGCUGGUGCUGCCUGAGCUGGGUGCGGACGUGAACGGCUCCGAAGUGAUCUUCACUGGCAUUGACUUGAGUGGGUUUGGGCAACAGGUUACGGGCUCCCUGCCUGCGAGCUGGGGCCGCCUGACGACGCUGACAAGUCUGGACUUGAGCGGCAACGCCUUGAACGGGUCACUGCCUGCGGACUGGGGCGGGAUGGCUGCGCUGGAGUCACUGUACCUGAACAGCAACCGCCUUGAGGGCAGCCUUCCCGGCCAGUGGAGGUUCUUGUCGGAGCUGAUGACGUUGCGGCUAGACAAGAACACGCUGUCCGGCACGCUGCCUGCUGCGUGGUUCCGCUUGACUUCACUGAGUACUCUGUACCUAAACGACAACAUCCUUACGGGACCGCUGCCUGCGGCGUGGGUGGCGUUGACGGCGCUGUGGUCUCUGGAUCUGUCCAAUAACCAGCUAACGGGCUCGAUCCCUGAGCGGUGGGGCGAGCUGCGAGUGUAUACAUUGGUGCUGAGCAACAACGAGCUGUGCGGAUGCAUUCCUACCAAGCUGAAGAACAGUUAUUAUCUCCCCACUGUGGAUCCUGAUGUGUCCGCUGACAACUGUACCACUGCAAACCCGUGCGAGCCGCACAGUGCUGACUCGGCCUCCGCGCCGGACGACUCCGAGGCGAGCGCGUUGCUGACGGCGAACGAGCAGAACACGCUGAAGUUCCUGCGGCUGGUGCGGGCUGCUGUGGGCGGGGAGCUGCAGAGCCUCUGGAGUGGCGUGUGGUACUGCGGCUGGUGGAACGUGAAGUGCGGGUCUGACGGGUUGGUGUCUGUCGCGCUGAGCGACGUCACGGUCUCCGGCCCGGCGCAGCUGCCGGAGCUGACGACGCACAUCGACGGCAGCCUUGUGGACGUGACGAGUUUCGAGCUGUACGACAAGGGUGCGCGCGUGACGGGCGCGCUGCCUGCGAGCUGGGGCCGCUUGACGACGCUGAGGGAGCUGGUACUCAACGGCAACGCACUGACAGGGUCACUGCCUGCGAACUGGAGCACCAUGACGAAGCUUUACACUCUCAACCUGGCCGCGAAUGUCCUCUCGGGCACGCUGCCCGUCGAAUGGGCCUCGAUGCCGACCUUGACCGAGUUGCGGCUGAACAACAACCAGCUGGCUGGCGCGAUCCCUGAAGGAUGGAGCAACAUGAAGUCACUGCAGGACAUCUACCUGUCGGACAACGACUUCUGCGGGUGCGUGCCGAGCGCCUGGAAGGGGGGAUAUCGUCCGUACGUCCGAGCCGAUGACGCGGUGACAUCAACGAAGUGCCGCACCGCAAACAGGUGUGUCGACGGCAGCGGCAGCUCUGACAGCAUGGCGGGGAUGACGGAGGAGGAGAAGAGCACGCUGAAGUUCCUGCGUGGCUUUGCGGCCAAAAACCCGUUUCUUGCGAGCAGGUGGACCGGCAUCUACUAUUGUGAAUGGCCGUACGUGCAGUGCACCUCUUACUCGAACGUGCUUAACUUCAACGCCUACAGCGCGCCGGCGUUUACCGGAGCGCUGGUCCUGCCUGAGCUGGGUGCGGACGUGAACGGCUCCGCCGUGAUCUUCGAUGAGAUUGACGUGAGUGGGUUUGGCCAACAGGUUACGGGCUCCCUGCCCGCGAGCUGGGGCCGCCUGACCCACCUGACGAAGCUGGACGUGAAAGGCAACGCACUUACGGGACCGCUGCCUGCGGACUGGAGCGGGAUGUCUGCGCUGCAGACGCUUCACAUGGAGGACAAUCGUAUUGAAGGGGUUCUUCCCGCGGACUGGGCCAACAUGACGAUGCUGAAGUACUUGUACCUUCAGAACAACUCGCUGACAGGCUCGCUGCCUGGUGCUUGGAGCGGGUUGGCUGCGCUGCAGGAACUGUACCUGAGCAGCAACCGCCUUGAGGGCAGCCUUCCCGGCCAAUGGAGGUUCUUGUCUAAGCUUCGCGAGCUUCGGCUUUCGAGCAAUGCGUUGACCGGCACACUACCGGCAGAGUGGAAGACGAUGUCCGGCUUAAAUGCACUCAACCUUUCGAGCAACGCCCUCUCUGGCGCGCUGCCUGCGGCGUGGGCCUCCGUGGAGUUCCUGCGGUCUCUAUACCUCGCAGCAAAUCAAUUUACAGGUUCGAUCCCUCGAGAAUGGGCAGCCCAGUGGACGUACUUCACUGCUGAUCUGAGCAGGAACCAUCUGUGCGGAUGCCUCCCCGAUGGUUGGUCGAAGAAAACUUACAACAUUGACAUUACCGUGGAUGCCGCGGUGUCUGCGUCCAACUGCAGCGAUAAGAACGCGUGCGACGUGCACAACACGACCACGACGACCACCGCUGCGCCGACGCAGGAGCAGCGAAACACCUUGAAGUUCCUGCAGGCGUUCUCAACGAUGGACCCGAGUCUGGCGAUGCGGUGGACCGGGAGCAGCUACUGCGACUGGGCGUACGUGAAGUGCUCUGCGGACGGUGCGGUGCAGCUGGACCUGUCACCGCUGCCGCUGGCGACAGCUGUGUCACGGACGAAGGUCGCCGCGUUGAUGAAGACUGUAACGUCGACGGCGACCGUGCGACUGCCUGAGCUCGCGGCGGACGUGGACGGGCAGCAGGUUGCGGUGACGGAGUUGAGCGUGUACGGUAAGGGCUCGCGGGUCGCGGGGACGCUGCCUGCGAGCUGGGGCCGCCUGGCGCGUCUGCAGACGGUGCGCGUGCAGAGCAACGCCAUCACCGGCACGCUGCCGUCUGCCUGGAGCGAGAUGACGUCGCUGCGCAGCCUGAACGUGAGCGGCAACGCGCUGUCCGGUGGCGUGCCUGAUAGUUGGGGUGGCAUGACGAAGCUGGUGAGCGUCGACCUGAAGGGGACGGGCCUGUGCGGGUGCCUGCCCGAGGGGUGGAAGUCGAAGACGGUGGCUGCGGAUGCCGCGUUGACUGCGCGGGACUGCGCGAGCGCGAAUGCGUGCCCCGCGGCGUCGAGCACAUCAGCCCCGCCGAAGAAGACUGGAUGGAUCCUGAUCCCACUGUGGUGCGUGCUGGGUGCUGUGGGUGGGCUCUUGGUGGGACUUGCAGUUAGCUUUGGCGUGCGCUUCUACCGCCGGCGUCAGCGUGCGAGAGAGGUGAGUCGAUUCCAGGCCGUGCAAGAAGCGGAGAUGCAGCCUUUUUCGAAGAUGCCUGACUCGCAGUAUUAA